GCAACCUAACUGUUGAAAUUUUCGUGACUUCGGGCAACCUAAAAAAUUUUAAAAAGACGCUCGACCCCCGUUCGUUAUUUACCACCGAUCAGAGUCGAAGCAAAUUUCAAUAUUCAACGUGGCUGACUCGUGCAUUAAAAAUGAUUAGAAUCGCAGGGGAUGUAAAAUUGAUGAAUUUUCAAGGUUUACCUGGGGAAUAAAGGGCAACCUAACUGUUGAAAUUUUCGUGACUUCGGGCCACCUAAGAAAUUUCUAAAAGACGCUCGACCCCCGUUCGUUAUUUACCACCGAUCAGAGUCGAAGCAAGCUUGCCAACUACAGGUCGUUCUGUUCCUCCAACAGGUUUAUUAAUUAUGUACAAAACGGUACGAAAGGGCGAUGCCAGCCUGCAGUAUACUAUUCUACCGCAAACGGACCAGCUCACCUCGUCGGGAUUCCCUCAGACCUACAGUAAAUCACGGCCGAGGAUCAUCAAAUACACCAUGGGGACGCUGAUGAUCCUCAUGAUUCUGUCCUGCGUCGCGACGCCGUUUCUGAUGAACCAGGACGAUCAGAGCCUGUUCGCCAGCACCAUACUCGCGAUGGGUCGCGUCGGCCACAACACAAUCCUUAGAAACAUGUCGAGGAGUCAGGGUGAGAAUACGAACAGAAGCAGAAGCAGACUCUUGGACACGAUGACUAUGUCGUCGACGGAGGCCUACAGGAAGCAGGGCGCCGAGGAUGGAAUGACUUCGGCGUUAGGGGUCCUGAUGACGGAGGAAGAGGGGAUUCUAAACUUCACGAACACAGAUAAUUUUACAGACCCUGUCGCGAGCAGCACGCAGCGUCUUCAGAUGGUCUCGGAGGCGCAGAACAGCCACCGACAGACGUCGACGUCCGUCACGCAGCCAACGACGUCGACGUCGCCUCCGACGACCCUAAAGACGGUAACGAGCACGUCGAUCGAAAUCGCCGCGACGCUGGCGAAUUCGCCGAGGAAGGCGAAGCUGCCCAGAGUGACGCUGAAGCUCAGGGAGAACGAAACAGUACCCAAAAAGUACAUGAAGGCGGGCAUAGCCUCGUACAAGAAAGGGAACAUCACCACGAGCGUGCUCGCACACGGCCUAAGUCUCGAAGGGUUAAUCUUCAAGACGCCCGAGGGAACGAUAAAACCUUGGCCGCAGAAGUGGUUCUUCACCGAUCCCUCUUCCGACUUUCAAUGGAAGGGAUUCAAUCAAAUGCCAGUAACAAUUUAUGUAGUGUUGGCGGGCCUGGCAGCGCUGGCGGGCGUCAGUAUAAUCCUUAUGUUCUACGUGCAACGAAAGACCACGAGACGUCAACGUCAGAGCGUCGAGGAACCGGAAGUCGGCGGUCAGGAGGAAGACAAAUCUACCCUGCUGGGCGCCGAGUGCCAGGAAACCGAGGAAAAAGAGUAAUCGUGACCCCACGACGUGGAAAGCAUGUAGCUCGUAAGACUCGCAUAUUUUUACAACACGUACAUCAGAUUGGUAUAAGUAUCUCGCGCGAAAGAUCGAUGAGUACGAUCGUUGGAGAUAUUGGAAUCACCGGAUGCAUUACGAGUCAGUUUGAUCAAAUGCUUAAGACUCUAUUUAAGGAAUUGACAAAUAGCUAUUAUCGUUUUAGCACAUUCUACUUAUUUUUAUAGAGGUUUCGCGUGAAACUUAAAACGGGUGAAUAUAUUAAAUAUAGGUUAUGAUUAUAAUCCAGAAACAUUAUUUAUUUGAAAUAUUUUAGAGUUUCUAACUGAAUUUUUAGAAACGAUCAACAAAAUGUAUUUACUUAGUCUGGCACUAUUUUU